UAAGCAGCAGGCACACUGUUUGGUGUGUGUUCACCUGGAUCAGGGGCUGUGUGACAGGCCUCGUGCACUGUGACGUGCACGCGCUGAGGUGAUUCGGGUUUGCUGAGGUGAUUCGGGUUUCCUGGAAAUCUGUUUGUUGACCACAUGGCUUCAGGUGAAGAUGACGGAGGCAUUUCAUUGGACAUUGACAAAGUGCACACGCUUCUGCAUGCGGAACACGAAAAGGUUCAAAAAAGAGCCUUCACUAACUGGAUAAACGCUCAGCUUGCUAAGAGACGCCGUCCUUUGUUUGUGUCAGAUCUGUUUUCUGACCUCAGGGACGGCUCUCGGCUGCUUGACCUGUUGGAGGUGAUAACUGGUCAUCCUCUGAAACGACAAAGUGGGCGGAGCAUUUUCCAGCAGAGAGCCGAUAUCGAGACAUCACUGAAUGUUCUCAAGGAAAGAUCGAUCAAACUGGUGAAUAUAAACAUCCCAGAUAUCAUCGAUGGGCAGCCGUCCAUCAUCCUCGGCCUCAUAUGGACCAUCAUUCUUCACUGUCAUAUUGAAGAGCAGACCAGCACUCUGUCCUUCAGGUCUCAUGGUUUCUCUUGUGAUGCUCUGGCUGGUUUGGACUCUGGAUCUGCCAAUCCAGCUCCACUAACCCAGAUCACAGUCCCAACGGGUCGGAUAUUGCCUCUCCACGGCUACCCCCAAGAAUCUGCCAAGAGUGUUCUUCUCAUGUGGACCAGGGACCAAUGCCAGAGGGUGGGCUGUUCUAUCAGCGUGAAGGACUUUAGGUCAAGCUGGAGAAGUGGAGAGGUGUUCUUAGCCAUUCUGUGCUCUCUUCGACCAAACCUGGCUGAUCUAUCACUAGUCCAGUCCAGAAGCAACAAGGAAAACCUGGAAGAAGCCUUUGACCUAGCUGAGAAGGAGCUCCACAUUGCCCGCCUGCUGGAGCCUGAGGAUGUUGACGUUGAAGAACCAGAUGAGAAGUCUAUUAUGACUUAUGUGGCCCAGUUUCUGCAGUACGCCAAUGAUAUGGCCUCAUCUGAUGAGUGUAUGCAGGUGACUGUCGCGGGUGACAACGCACAGACCGAGCAACAGGCAGAGUGCAGCGUCAUCAGCCAGUCAGGGGGCCGACCGCGGGAAGAGCACUGCUCAGAACCGAAAGGACCGGAAAGUGUGGCCUUUGUUGAGAACACUGCAGACCUGAUGGAUUCUGCUGAAGAUCGGGUGGCGUUGAUUACAGAGAAGCUGAACCUGAUCACCAGCGAGCCCCUGGACAUCUCCUCCCUGAUGGUCGCGGAUCCUAAAGUGUUACCUGAUUUAAUGGAGAUGGGUGUCACACUGCAUGAAAUGAGAGAAGCAUCAGAACCCGGAACCACAACAGAUAGAGAACCAGAAUCUGCAUCCAAUGCAUCCUUCUACCAGGUCGUCGGCUACAACACGGCUCAUGUGGAGCAGCUCAGACGCCGGCUGGACCAGGUUCAGUCAGCUGUUUUGGCUCUGGACCUCUUUCUGUCCACAGUCGGAGAAAUCAAGAUCCUGGUCCUGCUGGCAAACCAGGAUCCCUGCAGGCAGCAAAAGGAGGAGGUCUGGGAACAGCAGAGACAUUCUUGGCAGGCAGCGGUGCAGCAGAGUUUGCAGACUGCUGGAGAGCAAUCUGACCGUGCUGACCGCCUCAUAAAGGCAGCAGGUAUGGCUCUGUGCAGAGACAGGGCCCCAGUCACAUGCCAGGAUUUGGUGAUGUCACUAUCCCGAAAGUUUGGAACCGUGGAGAAAGAACUGACAGAAGCCAAGAAGAGUGAGCGCAAAGAUGAUGUCCAGCUUGAUGAUGUUUCACCCGCUGUGGAUGCAAAACAGAAAGAGGAUUUCCAGGAACAUGCAGGUGGAACGCAGAAGAAAUCAGGGAGUCGAUGGCAUCGAGAGAGUGACAAGACCCAGACGCACGCGCCUCAGAGACAAACCGCUAAAGGACGCUUGCGGGUUGAGGCAUGGAAGAGAAGAAGUUUAGAUGGAGAGAAGGAGAGUUGGACUGAAAGGAAAGCUGCCUUGUUGGGAGCUCUGAGGGAGAUAGGAGGUGCAGCGGAGCAGCUGGAACUCCAGGAGCCCACACUACCAGCUGUCCAGCAGAGGAUGCGUACUUUGACACGGCUGCAGAACCGCGUCACCGGCCUCUUCUCUCACCACUUACAAGUUACAUCAUUCCAGUCGGACCUUUCCGGCGAGAGUCCAGACCGAGCGGUGGAUGAGCUCUGUGAUGAGGUGACAAAAGCCCUGACUGAUCGGCUGGACCAGUGUUGCGUCCUCACCGAACUGCUGAAGAGGUUUCAGUGCAUGCGAGGUGAGAUCGGUGCUACAGUGCAGAGGGCCGAAAGCGCAAUCAGUGAGCAGUCAUCCUACGUGGGGAAAGAAAACCUGCAGAGGCUGCACUCCAAGCUCCAGGAAACAAAGGCGGAGCUCAAAGCUCUUGCAGACAACAUAGAGGAAGUUCGCAACAUCUGCAGGCAGCUUCAAACCCAUUUACAGAAGAUACCAGGAUGUGCUCUCAUCCCAUUUGAGGAGGAAGCAGAUUCCCUCAUGGACCACUGGCUAGAUGUAUCGGAAAGAACAGACUGUCAUCUGGACAGCCUUGGCCUCAGCCUGACUCUGUGGGAUGGCGUUCUCCAGCUGGGAGCGGAGGUGGAAAGCUGGACUAUCCAUAAACUUGCAGGAUUUUCUCAGACUCCGUCAUUUCAGACUGAGGAUGAAAUCAGGGACCUGCAGGUAAACAAAAAUGAGAUCCUUCAGCAAGAAGAGAGUUUGGAUCGUUUCUGCUGUAGAACCACUGCGAUUCAAUCACUGCUACAAAGUACAGAGCGCCCCCUGGAGCUGCAGGUGGUGGAGGCUCAAACGAGGAAGAAACUGGAGCAGGUAAAGGAGGUCUUUAGUGAAGCAGAGGAUGUUUACAGACAGAUGGUGGCUGUGAAGGGACAAAUCACUAAAAAGAUGGCUGAGUGCUCCAGUUCCCUCCAGAUGAUUCAGGACGUCCUCCUCGGAGUCAGGGGCUCAGAUGCUGCAGACGUUCUCACCAAAUUAAAAGAAGUAUCCUAUCAGCUCCAAAUGCAGGAUGAGCAGGCAAAGAGCCUUCUGGAUGAUCUGCAUGUGAUGUCCUCUAUAGCUAGUCCAGAGAACCUGCAGACCCUGACCGCUGACGGAAUCCGGCUGCAGGAGGACGUUGGAGCCGCGUGGCAGCUCCUGUCACAGGUGGAAGAACAGACUCGGAGAGACAUCGAGGCUGUCAGCAGGAUCCCACAUGGCAACCCAGAGCUCACCCCUUCCUCACAGGAGCCCUGCUGCAGGAUGGAGGAACUGCAACACCAAACCACUCAGAGCCACACUUUGCACCCCUGCACUGGCACGGCUGAGGAGAGUUGGGCCUGUCUUCUCACCCGUCUCCUGCAGGGGCAAAUUGACUCUUUGCAAAAAACUCUCAGGAGUAUGGCGGAGCACAGCAGGGAGCUGUCCAAGGAAACCAGCAGUACCUCCUGGUCCAACACCUGCUGGACAGAGCUGGAAAGCUGCAGUUCAUCACUGAUGGCAGAACUGAAUGGAGUUUUUUCUCGCCUUGAGGAACGUGUGUGUACUGAGGAACAUUUUGGCCAGUUAAUGACGGACUGCCACCAAACACUGACGUCCCUGCAAGAAAUGAUUUUAGACUAUAAACGUCAGAAAGAACACUCUGAUGGAUCAGGGCUACAGGUUCUGCUACAAGAAUUAAGAGAUGCUGAGAAAGAGUUUGCACAACUUGCAGCCCUUCAAGACUCCAUCAAAGCAACGUCUACAUUUCAGGUGGAAACCAGUGACCUCCAGAACCACCAGAGGUCACUAGAUGGUUACAUGACAGAAAUCCUGGCUCCUCUGAAAGACAGCAAGAACCACAGAGUUGAGCAAAUAAUGGAAGAAGCUUCACGAGUACAGAGGGAUCUAAAUGCCCUAGUUGAGGAUCUCGGAAAGCUGUCUGGGAAUUGUGAAGCACUUCUAGAUGGGAGCCAUCUUAAAGACCAGUUGUCUGGAAUACAGGACUGUGUAAGAAAACUGUCCGAGGAGGCUACUUUUCGUCUUGAUCUACAGACGGCUGGAGAGUCAACUAUCACACAAGAAAUACUACCUAAUGAAAUACAUUUUUCAGUUGAUGUCACUGAUGACGACCUUAACAGCGCUGGGUCUGUUUUUCUACUAAAGAUGCAGGAAUGUACAGAAAACACCAGCAGCAGCAAUGGACAGGUCAACGUUCAACCUGAACCAUCUGCAUCCAGCCAGAUGGGGGAAAGCAUGGAGCCUGAGAGGACGGCACAGAAGCGGGAAUCUGAUCUGGGGGACAGAGACGCGGCAGGUGGAUCACAAGAGUCCCAGAACUCCCGGUCCACUCUGCAGGACAUGCUGCCUGAAAUCCAGAAUUUGGUGCAGAGAAGUAACAUCGCAAAUAGGACUCUACAUAUAGAUUUAAAUGCUUAUCUGGACUCUUGUCCUGGUGAACCAGAGAUUCGAUUGGCACGAACCGUCCAAAAGGUUCUGGCAUGUCGCUAUCAUCCAGCACAACUCAGUGUCACGGCCAUGGCUAAACAACUGAAGGAAGCCGAGGACUACAGGUGCUCUGUGCAGGACCAAGUAGCUGCACUGAGCAACGUGUGCACUGCCGCUGUUUGUGACCCUGGAGCACUCAAAAGCAUUGAAGAACAGUGCAGCGCCGCCCUGCUGGAUGCCUCAGCCACGGUGCAGGUCAAAGAGGCCCAGCUGGAUCAGGUCAAACAGUAUCACAGACACUUGAAGAUUGCCAGAGCGUUUGUGGAAGUGCUGGCUACUGAGAAGAAAAACUGCGACUUACAAACUCUAGGAAGCAGUGCCUGUCAAGCUGAAAAACUCAGUUUCCUGCAGCAAACCAUGAAACAGAAGAAAGGCAUGUUGGACACGCUCCUCCAGUUAAGCAGCCAUUUGUCGGCCCACUUGAGCGACUCCGAGAGUUCGGGGGCUCUUCUUGCACAGCUGGGAGAUGUCCAGGAGGAGUGGAGGCUUUUAGAAGGCAGCAUCAAGAGAUCCCUGUGGCUUGCUUCUAACGCCACCUCUCAAUACGGUCUCAUCGUUAAAGAAGCCAAACACCUUCAGGCCAAGCUUGAAGCUCUUCAGGAAUCCAACCUCUCCUUACAGUCCUCCCAGACAAUCCCUGUCUACAAGAAAACUUUAGAGUAUAUUAGUCUAGGCGCAGACCUUAAACUGUAUAUCCAGCUUCAUCUACACUUACAGUCGUGGUCAGACGCUCUUGGCCGUUUCUCUCUCGGUCGGCAAGAGAAGGAUGAGAUCAAACGUAUUCUUGAGGAAUUGGGCUCCUCGCUGAGUGUCACCCGGAGCAAGCUCGACUCUUCCGCAGGUACCACUUCUAAGGUUGACCAGCAGUUAAGGAGCUUGAUCAUAUGGGCCAAACAGGCAGAUCAUUAUAUCGCAGUUGGAACAAGAUUGGCUCUUUUCCCAGAAGAGGCUCGCAUUCAAAUUGCUAAGAUGAAAAAAUUUCAGAUUGAUGUGUUGUCUAGACAGGCCAAGAUGCAAACAGAGGUAGAAAUGAUUAAAGCCUCGACCUCGGAGGUGGGUAACGAAAGAAAGGACCAAGUUCUUAUUUCACUGCUGGCAAUAGAAAAGCUGUAUGAAGCUGCUGCCGAUAGUUUGGAUCGUGCUCUCAUUGCUGCAAAGGUAAAUUUGCAGCACAGGGAGGAGUUACUGUGCAAGCUUGCCAGCACAGAUGCAUGGUUAGCAGAAAGGCUUUCUGAAAGGCAUUCCUGUCACCGUGUCGAGAAUGCUUCAAAGGCUGAUCCCCAGAAACUGGAGAUCGAACUUAGGGCUCACAAGUCCACCAUUAUGGAGAUAGAGAGCCACCUAACUCUGCUGGAGACUCUAGCAGAGAGCUGCAAAGUAACCGCAGUAGGGCUGAGGCCGGGAGAAAGCCGCUACCUUGUCAACAGACUGUCCGGCCUUUGGAUGGAAUUAGAUGGAUGGCUUGCUCAUGAGAAAGCUGCUUGCUGGGAGCUGGAAGAGCUGAUUCGGGAGCAGAUAUCUUCAUAUGAUGAAUUUUCCACAAUCCUGUCAAGCUUAAAGCAGAUUUCUGAUGAUUUGGAGCAGCAGAGAUUCCCUUUGACACAUGGCAGCAUUGCAAAUAUUGGCCUUUUGAAGCACAUGCUAAUAGAGUACCAGUGUCAAAUUCAAGAUCUUCAGCACUGCCAGGAGGCCAAGCGGAGCGUUCUUCUGGGCACCAUUGGGGAGCUGCAAGACAGGUGCAAAGCUCUUUCUUGUAGUACUGUUGAGCAGGAAAAAUACCUUCAACAUAGGAGACAAAUGGAGGAAUCUCAGGACAUUGCCAAAAGCCAAAUCCAGCGUGCCAAAGAUAAAACAGUUGAUGCAGAUGAAAGGUUCAGACUGUGCCAAACACUCCUGGUUGAAUUUCCUUUGAUGAAGAUUCAGUGUCAGGACACAGCAGACCAGUUGGAGGCUAUAGCUCAGGAGUUGGACCCAUCAGAGCUCAGUAUUGAGAAGGAGAGGAUCCGCUGCUCUGUAGAAAGUUUGGUCUCCUGGGAGAAUUCUGUUACAGAAGAUCUCAAAAGCCUCGAGGCCGGCCUUUUGGAAGACUUGUACGUUUGCCCCGAGCUUUCUGCCUUGACAAAGCUUUUCCACAGGGCAAGAGUGGCACUGGAGGGAUUUGAACCAGUCAACCCACAUAUAAAGGGCAUAGACAUCACAUUACAAAGGUAUUGGGUUAUUUGGAGAAGUUUAGAGACUGGGAUGAGAAUAUUCAAAGCUUUGGGAUAUCAAGAAAAAAUGAACCUUAGUAGUUAUAAGGAGUUAUACUUCCUUAUGGAUGCCACCAUGCAGGAGUGUCACUUCCAAAUGGAAAGUUUAUCCCAGGCUCGAGAAUCCUUGAAGGAUUACCAGUGGGCUGCUCAAGGAGCAAUGCACUUCCUUCACAAUGCUGAAUCCACCUUCCUAUCUGCUGCUGGAAGGUUUUUGGACUGUAAUGAAGAAGAAGUGCAAACCGCACAGGCCCUCGCUGUUUUAGAAGAUGGAUUUCAGGCUCAUAUCUCCCAUCUCGUGGAGCUGGUACCACAGCAACAUUGCCUUUCCCGUGCAAAGACGGAGCAGCUCCACACCAGGAUCCUGAGUCAGUUGUUGGUGGGACGAGCUGUGCUGGAAGCCCAGGCUCACCUUCGGCUUGAGUCCUUGCAGAGGUGUGCAAAAAGUCAGCAAAGCCACAUGCAGUGUCAUGAAGACAUACAGCAGCGUCUUUCUAGGUUUGAGUCAAGGCUGUCAGAAUGUGCUACACAACAAGUGACAUCAUACCCAAAAUGUGCUGACCAGCAGAAAAGAGUGAAGCUGCUGAUGGAGGAUCUCCAUCUCCUUGCUGAGAAGAUGGAGGAGGUGAGAGCUUGCUGUCCCAUACAGGGAUGCUGGGUUGGGAGGGACGGUGAGCUGGCCGUCCUCUGGAGGAGAUGGGUGUCCUUACGACGUGGCAUCAGCCUCCAUAUGGCACGCGCUGAACAGCGAGGAGAGGAAUGGAAGGACAUCACAGCAAGUUUGGAGCAGAGUUGUACGUUUUUGGCUAGUCUUCAAGCGGAGGUUCCUGAUUCCUGCACUCCGAGCUUCACUCUGGAGGAUCCCUGUGAAAUGAUGGUCCAGGCUGAGAUGCACCAGGCUGUCUUGGAGGAGGAGCAGCAGGCCUUGGCCUCCCUGGAGCACAGACUAGAGCACGCCCUGACCUCAACCAGCUCAGAGAAUCCCAUCAGCUCCGGAUAUGUCGGCAAAACACUGGCAAAGAUCCAGGAGAAUGUCAGGAGUUUGACAGAGAGGAACCUGCUGGUGAUGGCUACAGAGGAGGCAGAAAGACGACGGGUUCACGAUGAGUUGGAAGAAGUGGAGCAACAUGUGGUCGCUCUUCUUUCCAAGCAGGACUUCUUCCCAGGCUAUCCUGAAUACAUGGAUCUCAGAAACGAUUUGUCCUCUCAGAAGGAUAAAUUGAAAUGCAUCAAGGAUGGUGUGCAGAACCGAUACAGUCAGAUUCCUGCUGACAUAAAGGGACGGAUCCAAGACGCUGAAGUGUCGCUGCAGACAGUGGAAGAGGAGAUUGCAGAGAAGUUUGACCAGGCCCGGAAGCUGGCUGUCAGAGUGGAGGAACUGAGCUCUGGUUUGCUGAGAGUCAAAGUCUUACUGGAGCAGAGGAGUCCAACCGUGGAGGAGGCUCAAAAUGUUCUCAAGCAUGUUUGGGACAAGCUGGACACCUGGCACAGCCACUUGAUACUCCUGGAGAACGAGGUGCAGGAUCUCGCAGUGGAGCAGUCAGACCAGGCUCAACUCCUCAUGGACCAGCUCAUGCGGCCACAGCAGCUCUACCAAGAGGCAGCGCAGAUGGCCGAGCGCCGGACCUCCUUCCUCAGCAAGAUCCCUGCCUGUCUUCAGGAGUUUGAAGACAUUCAUUUCAGUGCCACCUGCUGGUUAGAGGAAGCCCAGUCCUGGCUUGGCACUCCCUGCUCAUAUGCCACAGCCAGAAGCCUUCAAAGCCAUGCUAACUCACUGCAGCUGCUCCUGGAUGACUCUGAGAGGAUCAGAACCACCAUGCGGGACUUCAAGUUGGUUCUGGAUGAGAUCUCUGAAGUGUGUGACAUGAGCACCCAGGAGGAGAGGCUGAUGCUCAAUGAUCACCAAGUCCACAAAAUGCAAUGUAAUAUCAUCACGCCACUGGAGGACAUCCUGCAUGCAGUUGCGGUGGUGGAUGCUACUGAAGCUGAGCUGAAGACUAUGGAGAAGAAUGUAGCAAAGAUAGCAACUAUUUUAGACUCUGUUGAUAACUGUGGCGAUUCUCCAACAGAGCAGCUUCACAACCUGCAGGUGGUCCUGGCCAACAUUCAGUCAAUGCAAAGGACUUUGGAGGAGAUGGAGAGAUACAAAGGAGAACUUCACCUCCCUAAAAGAGUAGAGGAGAACCCAGUGGUCUUCUGCAGAGCCAGACUGCUCCUGCAGUCACUCCAAAAUCUGGAAGGAGACGCCCACCAGCGAGCUAUGCUGCUCAAGACCAGCAUUAGCAAAGAGGAGGAAACUGAGGAAACCGAUCUAGAUGUUGCUAUGGUCACUGCUCCUGCUCCUGAUCCUCAGCAUGACGAAUCUCCAGGCAAAUUUGUCAAGCAGACGGUUUUUGUGGUGUCUAACUCCGAGGACGAUGAGGAAGAUGAUGAUCAUCAUUCAUCAUCCUCUGAUACUCUAACAUGCAGUACUCCAGAGGACCCAGAGAAGACUCUUCACAUUUCAGAUGUGCUCCCUGAGGAUGUCGCUGAAAUCAUGCAGCUGUCUGACUUGAAGGCGUCAGAGAAUUUGUCAGGAUGCUUCCGUUCUGAAGUGGAUCCGAGCUUUGUCGAUGCUGGAUCUGUGAAGACUGGACUUGAGUCCAUGGAGUCCGGAUGUGAGAUUGUGGAAAUCAGAUUAACGUCACAAGAAUCCAGAAGUGGUUCUGAGAUGUUUCAUGAAGAACUGCAUCCUGAAAGUGUGUCGAUCAGACCAUCGAUCACUGCAGGUGUCCUGACGGAUCACAGCCAGUCUACUGGUGCAGCUUCACCGGAUCAAAGCACGGCGCCGAAACGUGAUGCGUGCACACGCCAGGCAGCGGCUGCCGUGGAGGGCACGAGGCUCAUUCCUGCAAGACCGACGACCCCAUUCACCCGAGCGCUCGAUGAGCUGAUGGACGAUGGAGAUGAACAUCAGUCUGGUUCUAAUGAAGUCAGCAACAGUUUGGUGGAAGAACCUCAUCAAGAACAAGAGUCGUCUGGGUCACUGAACAGGUCGACUGGAGAUGAGGAGAAGCAGACGGAGCAGCAAAGGUGGAGCCGCCUUCAUCAACAGAUCUCUGAAAAACUCGCUGCAGUGAAAAAAGUUCAGGAGAUGCAGCCAGUCAGAAUCUGCUCAGGUGGCGACGGGACCAACGAAAAGGUGUCAGAAAGGGAAGUCGAGGUUGCACAGUUGGCUUCUGUUGCUCUCCAACGAACCUAUGAUGCCGUCACCAUUCUACAAAAAUUACAACAUACAAAAGCGGUGUACUGUGGUCUGGGUGCAGAGGAGGAGCUGCACGAGGCCGUGCGGACGAUCCUCGUCUGUCUCAGCGGUUUGCUUGACCUCGUGUUGACCUCUGGUAGGGACGACCCCGAGCUCAGGCCGCUGCCGCGUGAGUGUGUAUCUUCUGAGCUGUUGAGCGCCGCUGAGAUGUUGAAAAACUUGACAUCAGAAGUCAGGACUGUGAUUUUGAACCAGGAGCCAGAGAGCAUCUGCUCUUUGACAUGCCUUCAGGAGUGUCUGCUCGCGGUCCAGGCGGCCCUCGCCUCCACACACAGUCAGCUUGAUGCUCGCGUGGACGCGGCAUGUCCACAGCAGGAACCAUUGGACAUUUUCUCUGAAGAACUGUGUAAUUUGGACUCAUUUGACCUGGUACAGGCACACGAGACCGUCCCCCGCGUAAAGGAACCUCUAAGUUUGGAGCAGUGUGUGCUGGCCAGACAUCUGAGAGCGCGUCCAGAGGAAGCUUCUCAGUCAUUGCUUGAGGGGCUAACACGCCUCGUGGACCUGGGUGAACAACACAUAGCAGAGGGCCGAACUGACCACAUUCACAACCGCAGCCAACUUCAAGCCGUCCUCUGCAGACGCCAGACGUUCUUGCAGGUCCUCAGGUCCCAGCUGGCUUUUGUGCAGCAUCUAUUCCAGCAGGAGCCAGAAGCGGCUGCGUGUCAGAAGAAUGAUUGGGCGCAGCUGGAUGCCCGAGCCAAAGCGCUGCAGCGGCACGCUCUGGAACAGGAGACAGUUUCUCUGAGGAGACUGCAGGAGUGGAGCCGGUGGGAGGAUAAUUAUGGACGACUGUGCAGGCGGCUGGACGAGCUCGAAACUUUCAUCAGCAGCAGAGAGCAAGAAGAAGAGGAUGAGGAUGAUGGGAUGAGAGUACAGUGCAGGCUAGAUGCCUGCCAGCACGCGCUGGUCCAGCUGGACGAGAGCCGAGGCCGACUGGGCCUGGUCCUGUCUCUGAAGAGGGAGCUGCAGACGGAGAGGGUGUUGUCUCCCUCAGCCAGACCAUCAGGAGGCGCUCUGGAGCUGCGAUGGCGGCAUAUCUCCCAGUGCGUGGAGCGUGAGCUUCAACGCUGCAGAGACAUCCAGGACAGACGGGUCGGAUUCCACACUAAGCUGGUCUCGGUCAGAGAAUCGUUAGGUGGUGCCAACAAACAACUGCAGAUGUUGUCAGACCUCAUCAGUACCUCUGAGAUGAAGAAGGAGAUGAUUGGAAGUCAUCUCAUCAAGCUGCUGGACUUCUCUGCACAAGUGGAAGCCAUAUCAGUCCAGAGAACCUCCUUAUCCAGAGACAUCGCUUCGAUGCACCGCCUGAUGGGACUUGAUGGUCCUGUGGUUCAAGAUGAACUCAAACAGCUAGAGGCCAACUGGAAUCAGCUGACCACGGACCUUUCUAACAUACAGGACCAACUGCAACAACGGCUGCUGUCUGUGUGGCCACCACUAGAGGUGCUGUCUGACCUGCAGUCGUGGCUGAAGAAACUGGAAUCCAGACUGAACCAAGAGACAGAAAUGAUCCUCAAGAUCAAAGAUGCUGCUCAAAUGAAUGAAAUCCUGCAGAACAUUCAGGAGUUAAAGGCAGCUGUGGUGAUCGGGCAGCAAUUUCUUGAGUUCCUUUGCAAGUCUGGCCCACAGGUGGUGGAGGUGGACCUCCAGGAUCUCUGGUCCAAGCGCACAGCAUUCGCAGAGGAGCUUGGUGCCACCACACUGCAGCUCCUGGACCUCCAGAGGGACCUGGAGAGCCAGAUCCGCGGAGCUGAACAGAUGUGCCACAUUUGCACCAUCAGAGAGAAGCGGCUGGCACGUUUUCGAAACUGCACAGCGCUGCAGGAGAAGAAGCUGAAGCAGCUGCAGCAGCUGAGCAGUCAGUGCGAGGCCCAUAGGGCUCUGCUGGAGUGGGAGACUUUAGCAGACAGAGCGAUGGAGGUGGAUGUGGCGGUGCAGGAGCUGAAAGUCACACAUGUGCGUGCUGAAGGCGGAGGAGGCGUCACCUUUUCUGAGCAGGCGAACUGCAUCAGUGAUGCGUGCAAGGGCAUCGUUCAGCAGCUGGCCUCUCUUAGACCGUCCCUGAAACAAACUGUGGAGGAGUGGAAGCGUUUUGAAUCAGACCUGAGGAAGAUUUCAGACAUUACCACCAGGGUGCGCUGUGUUCUGCAGCAUCAGGGAACCCCACUGUUCUCACUGAAGCAGGCAGAAAGACACAAGGACCUGCUGGAGCGCCUCCAGCAGACUGCAGAAGAAGUGGAGGACAUGUGGGUGUCUGUGGAGCGAUCCUAUGACGGCGCGGUGAAGGUGCUUCACCGUGGAACAGCUCAGUUACUGUGCGAACAAAUGGAAGAAGAACGGAGACGGUGGAAGGAGGCUUUGAAGGAGCUAAAGGAGGAACACGUGAAGCUAGAGGAGACACUCCGACUGUGGCUGGAGUACACGUACCAUAGGCAACACCUGCAGCGUCGGUGGGAGGAGCUCCGCAGCUCCUCCCACUCACCCCAACAAGAUUCACAGGACGUGAAGUUGCAGGACGUCACUGUGGACUUGCAAACGCUGGUUGAAAAGCUGCAGGUGGCUUCCAAGAAUCUGACUGAACAUCUGGAGCCGCUGGCUGCCAAUCUGAUCCAAUCAGAAACCAAGCUGCUGUCACGUGACAUCCUGCUGCUGAGUCGUGCAGCGGAAGAAAAAAAGACGCGUGUUCAGGAUGAUUUGAAGCAAUGGAAAGUGUUUGGUGUUGGUUUAGACGCUCUUGAAAUGCAGACGGAGAACAUCAAGCAGAAACUGAAGACCAGCGCCCGUGACACUGACUCUCUGGAGCAAGUUCUUUUGGAGCUAACCGAACAGUUUUCCUCUCUGGUUGACAUUGGUGAGAUGAGCGACUUUGUCACGCUUGACGAUCAGGACCACGAGAGAGUCCGCAUGCUCGUGAGGCCAUGGAUUGAAAAUGUGGCUCACGUCGCCACCAUGUACAGAGACGUGCAGACCAACCGCCAGCGUGUGCAGAUCUUUGAGCGGAGGUGUGAGAAGCUGAAAUGUAUCCUGGAGAAGCUGGACUACGAAUCAGUAUUCAUGAAACCUCAAAGUUACUCCAGCUUGAAGGAAAUGCUCAUGGUCCAUCAGAUGCAUCACAGUGAAAUCAUCGCUGGUCAACAGCUUCUGCAGGAUCUUCUCUGUGAUGCAGGAAAUUCUGUUGAAAAAGAGAUGGGAGAGAUAUCGGAGCUCAUGGCGGACAUGCCGUCUACCAAGAAGAGGUUGGUCAGAGCGGUAGCUCUGGCCAUGAAGCGCAGAAUGGCAGUGGAGCAGCCGCUGAGCCAAUGGCGGCUGUACCGCCAUGGCCUGUGGCUUCUGUGGAAGAUGCUGAAGGAUGCUACGUCUUCCGUGCACCCCGCUAAGCGUGAUUCAUGCACACUUCACAGACCGAGGCACUGUGACGAUAAUUAUCAGUAUACUGAGGACACAGAGGGCCUGCUCUCUGUCCUUUACACGCUGACCCUGGAGGCCGGGGGGCAGCUGUGUGAAACUGCCAUGGAGUCACAACAUCAGAGCCGUCUGCAAUCGGAGCUCCGGACCGUGCAGGAAGCCCAGGAGCAGACUGACUCCCUGCUCAGGAGGAGAGGCAUCACGGACAAAACAGACCCUCAGCAGACGGAACUCUCGCUGCAGCAUUUGGCCGCUGGACUGAGGCAGCUGGAGACCAUGAAGUCCGACCUGUCCCAGUACAUGACAGCCGGCGACUCGAGCGUGCUGGAGCAGCAGCUGGAGCAACUUCACUGGCAGUGGGAAGAGCUGUGCACCAAGGUGUCCUUGCGCAGGCAGGAGAUUGCAGACCGUCUCAAUGCGUGGAGCAUCUUUAACGACAAGAACAAAGAGUUUUGUAAUUGGCUGACUCAGAUGGAGAACAAGGUGUGCCACAGUGGAGAGCUCAGCCUGGAGGAGAUGCUGGAGAAGCUGAAGAAGGACUGCAUGGAGGAGAUCAAUUUGUUCAGUGAGAAUAAGAGCCACCUGAAGCAGCUCGGAGAACAGCUGCUGUUGGCCAGUGACGAGGCCAAGCAGGCUCAAGUCCACGGCUCCCUGCAGGAGUUCAACAAGCGCUGGCACAGCCUCUUCCACCGCAUCGAAGCCAGGGUUGAGAAGCUGAAGGCGACACUGUCUACUGUGCAGCAACUUGACAAAAACAUGAGCAACCUCCGCUCAUGGCUUUCUCGCAUCGAAGCAGAGCUGUCCAGACCAAUCUCCUACAGUGUCUGUCACCACCAGGAGAUCCAGAGGAAGCUGACUGAGCAGCAGGAGCUGCAGAGGGACAUUGAGCAGCACGCUGAGGGCAUUGCGUCAGUGCUCAGCCUGUGCGAUGCCUUACUGCGGGAUGCAGAUGUUGCUGGCGGCACUGAGGUGGACAGCGAUUCCCUGCAGGAAACCAGCCACAGCCUGGACCAGCGCUGGAAGACCAUCUGUACCACGGCACUCAACAGGAGGCUCCGGAUCGAGGAGACUUGGAGGUUGUGGUGCAAGUUCCUUGAUGACUACACGCAGUUUGACAGUUGGCUCACGACGGCUGAGCUCACCGCGGCCAACCCCAACUCGGCAGAUGUCCUGUACACGGUGGCCAAGGAAGAGCUGAAGAAGUUUGAAGGUUUCCAAAGACAGGUUCACGAACGGUUGACCCACCUAGAAAUAGUCAACAACCAGUACCGCCGCCUGGCCAGGGAGAACCGCGCAGACCGGGCCGGCCAGCUCAAAGACAAGGUCCAUGAGGGCAACCGGCGCUGGAACACCCUGCAACACCGAGCGGCUGCCAUUGUACGCCGGCUAAAGUAUUUUACGAGCCAGAGGGAGGACUUUGAAGGCACCAGGGAAAGCAUGUUGGUGUGGCUGACGGAGCUGGACCUUCAGCUCACAGACGUGGAACACUUUUCAGAGAGUGACAUCCAUCACAAGAUCCAACAGCUGAAAGGCUUCCAGAGGGAGAUCAGCCUGAAUGCUGAGCGCAUUGACGGGCUGAUCGUGUUUGGAGAGGGUCUGAUCCAGAAGAGCUCGCCGCAGGACGCCGCUGUGAUGGAGGACGAGCUGGAGGAGCUGCACUCCUACUGCCAGGAGGUUUUCAGCAGGCUGGUUCGAUUCCACCAGCGCCUCAGCCAGCCGCCGACCGUCACAGAUGAACCCGCGCUCUGCGGCACCACCUUGUCUUUGGAGGGCAGCUUAGAGCUAAUUGGUCGGCCGUGGCUGGGCAGGAGCCUCCCAGCCACACCCACUCACCUGCUGACCUCACCUCUGGAGCGUUCCGGUCGGGAGACGCCGGUGAGCGUGGACUCCCUGCCGCUGGAGUGGGACCACACUGUGGACGUGGGUGGUAGUUCAUCGCAUGAUGAUGAUGAUGAGGAUGAAGAACACGUUGAGGGGACUUACGUCAGCGCACUCUCAGUUGCAAACAGGUCUGAAGGUGAAACUGAGUCUCUGAGUUUAUACUCAACAAACACGGGAGGAAAUGAGGCGGAGGACUACACUGAUGCUCCGCCCACCCUCACCAGCACGCCUCUGAAACUAAGUUAUUUACAUCUCAUGUCGGAGUGCAGCGGCAGCAUCGAGGAUCUUAAAAGAGUCUCAAUGAUCCUGGAUGAUGAGGACCAGCUGGAGGAGCUGGGUCUGAUGGGACUGACCGCCUCGGACAAACAGUCAGGAGUGAUUGAGCGCUGGGAGCUGCUGCAGGCUCAGUCCAGGAGCGACCACCAGGCCGACCCGCAAACAUCUCAACAGCUCACAUCUGACCUGGAGGAAAUCACAUCCUGGUUAAAACACAUGAUCCCGGAGCUGGACCGCCUCCAGCAGUCUGACCCGCCAGCCAGUAUUGAGGACUUGGAGGCUCAGGCUAAAGAGCUCAAGGAAAUGGAAAAGAUGGUUACAGACUACAAACCUGUCAUGCUGUCGCUCAACCUGAAGACCCAGGAAGCACCGGCGCUGCAGCAGAGCCUGGCGAGCGUAAACCACGGCUGGAGCCGAGCGUGCACGGGGCUCCAGCUCUGGGACACCAGCCUGAGGAAGACCCUCAUGCGCUGCCAGGAGUUUCACGGAAGCCUCCACUCUCUGGUGCUGUGGUUGUCUCACGCAGAGAGCAGAUGCUACGCUGUGGAUAUCAGCUGUCCAGAUACGCCACCCAGAGCACUGCGCCAACACCACAACACCCUCACUGACCUUAAGGAGGCGCUGCAGCGCAGACAGGCUCAGCAGACCUCUCUCCAAGCUCUGUGGUCUCAGCUCCAGCCUCAGGACAGGACAGAAGAGAUCGACGAGACCCGGGAGAAGCUCCACGUGACAGGCAACAAACUGAAGACCCUCCUGAGGGGAGUGGACCACGACCUGAGCAGCCUGCAGCAGCGUCUGGAUAAUGAACCUGGGCUGGAUGUCCAAGAUCAAUCUGAUUCUCCAGAUUUCACUCAGAAGUCAGAAGACUCCCCGAAACCUUCAGCCACUCAAAGAGAGACGAGGGACGGGUCCCCGCCCAGGUCCUUCUUCUACCGACUCCUCCGCGCCGCCUUCCCGCUGCACCUCCUGCUGCUGCUCCUCCUCCUGCUCGUCUGUUUGGUUCCGUUUCCAGACGCCAACUCCAGCUGCACCAUGACCAACAACUUCGCCCGUUCCUUCUACCCCAUGCUGCAGUACACCAACGGCCCGCCACCCACCUGAUACCACCACUUGUUUUUUGUUCUUUUGUUUGGGGGGAGCGGGGGUGGAUUUUUUUUUUUAUUACUAUUAUUAUUUUUAUAACUCAGACUGAGAACACGUCACUUUCUACUCACAUUAAAACACAGCAGAGAAUUAUCACUGACCACAAAUACUUUUGAAAUUUGAUGCUACAAAUUGUUUCUUUUCUUUGAAUAAAUGACAUGUUUGAUCACAAUAUGACUACAAACAUGCUUUUUCAGAUUGAUCUGUUUAUAUAUAUAUAUAUAUAUAUAUAUAUAAAAUUCAAAGUGUUAAAUGUGGUCUAAAGAUGUUUCUAAUGACAAUUUCCUUUUGAUUGUUUUUGUUAUUUGAUCCUGAUUACUUACCUUUGAUCUUUGCUUUUGAUUGUUGACUUGGAAUCCUAAUUGUUCCCAAACACAAAAUUUUUAAGCGCUGGCCUACGAUCUUGAUCUUGCGCACAUUUGUUUCUGAAUGUUGACCUGUGAACCUGAUCUUUGCUCCUGGUCACCAAUAUUUGAUCCAGACCUUUGAUCCUGAUUUCUGGCCUUUGAUGUUCAUUUAUCACCUUUGUUUGUGAUUGUUGACCUUUGAUACUGUUCUUUAUUAAUCACUCAGUUUUGAUCAUUUUUCUUUGAUCCUGAUUUCUGGCCUGUGAUUAUUUUUCUGUUCACUUAUUUUUUAUCACUGGUCUUUCAGCCUAACAUUUGAUGUUGAUCUCUCAUCUUUGUUUUUAAUUGACCUGUGACCCAAAGAUUUGAGCUUGAUUACUGACCUCUGAUCUCGGUUUCUAUCCCCCUUUAUUUAAUUGCUCACUUGUGAUCCUAAACCUUGUUCCUGAUCACUCCUAUUUGAGUGCUGGUCUUUGAUUCCUGUUGCUGAACUCUGAUCAUGAUCACUCACAUAUUUGUUGAUUGUUGACCUGUAAUCCUGAUCUUGGUUGCUGAUCACUGGUCUUUGAUGCUGACCUUUGAUCCUGAUGUAUGACUUUUAAGCAUAACCACUUAACUUGAUCCCGAUAUGUCAUUUUGAUGUUGAUUUCCCAUAUUUGUGUUUGGUAGACAUGUGAUCUUAACAUUUGACUGUAAUCACCGAUGUUUGAUCCCGACUUAUGAUUCCAGAAACAAACCUUUGAUCCUUAUCUUUGAUCAUCAAAGCAAUAUGUGAUCCUGAUUACAAGAUUAAAAGAAUCCGAGUCAGAGAUCAAUAGUAGGAUAAGUAUCAAAAGAUGAAAGGUGAGAUCUAACCUUUGAUCCAGAUCCACACAUUUUGAGAUACUCUACUGACAAACAGACAAAUGUCAGAAUAUUGAAGCUCUGUGAGGUAAUACAAGAGAUGAGGCAUUAGUUCAUGUCCAGAUAGCAGCACUGCUCUAGUCCCAGUUGUAUGUUACCUGAAAAAAAUUGAGACAUUUCAUUUUGUCCAACUUUAUUUUUGCUCGACUGAAUCUUACAAAAGCUUGUUUUUCCUUUUUUUAAUGAUAGUUGUGUGUGUGAAAUUCCACCUGCACACAGUCGCUGCCCUUCAGUUUGUAUGAUUGCGCUCAGUUGUGCACGUGGCCUUCAGCAGACUGCUGCAGUGUAACUGCUGUAGAUUUACCAGGAUUAUGUGCAAUAUUGUAACGCUUAUUUAUAAUGUUAUUUUUGAGGUUUACAGCUGUAAGUUUCUGCUCGUGAGUACUGAUUGUCUUAACCAAGUUUGAGUUUCUUCAUUCUGUUAAGUGUCAGUGAUUUUUGUCAAAACCAUAUGUAACUUUUUUUUUUAAGUGACAAACGACAAGUGAAUCUUACAAUAUUAAUGGAAAUGUUUCUUUUAUUUCUUGGGUAAACAAAACACUAAUGCAGAUUUGAUGAAUUAUCCAAAAGUGACUUAAAAAACAAGAAUGGAUCAAAAAAGCAAUGAUUUAAAUUAUCUCUUAAAGCUGGAGCAUAAUGGAUUUGAUUACCCCACAACCCGAUCCUGGAUAAGUGGUUAAAGACGAGUGAGUGACAUGACACUAAGAUUUGACACUGAUUAACUUUCUAUUUAUAAAUGGUAUUUACUGAGUUACUGUCGAUCUCAAAUCUGAUCUGACUUAUUUAUGGAGAAUAACUCGCACCUGUAUAAGUUGUAAAAUGCAAUGUGAAAAAACAAAAACAAAAAAACUUAAGUUACACUUGUAUGUGUUACAUGUUUUUUUCUGGACCUGGAGCUCUUUUUAUAACAGUUUCCAUGGAGGUGACUUUAACAACAGACAGGAACUCUGUGUGGCACAUAUGCACAGCACAGCAUGGGCUGUUACUUAACAUAAGGAUUUUUGAAUUCCAAAAAUAAUGAUUGUCACCUUGUUUCUGCUUCAAACUGCACUCCAGUCAUCAUCUAUCUCAGCGACAGAUAUCUGAAGCUUUUGUACAACAAACAUUUUCACAUAAAUUCAGCAUUAUUUCAUGAUAAAAGACUUGAGGAAGCGAUCAGAGCGCAGCAGCCAGACGAGCUGAUGCUGGUGCGUUCACUGCACCUCCAUCAUUUCAAAGCUUCAGUAGCGACUUUAUUAUCGCCUUGUUUCUGUUUAAAACUGACUUUAGAAUGAUUUAAGAGGUUUUACUUUGUCAUCUGAUGGUUAAUAAUCACAUUUCCUUUGAUCGCUUUGGGUGUAGAGACUCCAUCUCAGGCGAGCUGCUGUGCUCCCAAAUGACGCAUGUGCAGUGAAGGUAGUGUGGACUCAUUUUUAGGUGGGGACCAUUCAGUCUGGGACACCGCAACCCAGUAGAGUGUACACUUCUCCCAAAACACAAUAUUCCCUUUUAUGAGCCCUGAACCAAAAUUCAGUCCUUAGUUCACUUUAGUGAACAACCCCUGUCCAAAAAUACAUUUUUGUGGUCAGUAUGUAUCUUAGUGACAAAGUACACCAAUGGAUGGACAAUCAGAUGGUCUUUGAUCCUGAUCACUGACCUAAGAUCCUAAUUAGUGAACUUUGAUAAAAACUCAAAUGAUUACAGCUUUUGUUGAAGAAUUUAUUGUGGAGCAACCGCAUCGUCGUUUCUAUAGCGCCUUCUGAUGGUUGUGUUCAAAAAGGCACGUGUGUCACCAGUUGCACCAGUUCUGUCAUUGUCUUUAUAAGAUUAAUCUAAGUAUAUAGUCAUCGUAAUACAGCUUGAGUUCACUCCCUCUUCACUCGCUCCCUCUUUUCCUCGCUCACCCUCCAUGUCUUAUUCCCUCACUGUCAACCUGCAAUAUUUGUUUCACUCAAUUUUAUGUUGAAUAUGGAAAAUAAAACCAGAUACUACAUAUCUAAAUGAGGAGUAA